AGAACCUCCAGACAACCAUGUUCAGCCCGCACGCAGUGAUUGAUCUCAACUCUAGUAUGGCAUCCGUUAGCGAGUAUAGUCGUGCUACUGGAUUGACGGUGUGCUUUAGCUGUGUAUCGGCACGAUGCUCUCAGUCCAGGACAGGAGUAAGCUCCCAUGCAAAGUCUAGGCAUGGACUCGAGGUGUUGGCCCGGGAAGAGCACUGUUCCACGUCUAAGGUGUCACGCAGAUAAAGGCCUUUCGAGGGACAACUUGUGCAAGCAGCAAUGCUCGGCGCAACGCGCCUGCUGCUGCAGCGCUUGCGCACCUUUCGGUGACGGUGAUGUGCAUACCGGUACUGCGAUACUCAUGGCCCGGCAAAACUGAUUGAUACAUGUCGCAGAGUGUGCGCUCAGAUCCUUUGUCGUCUCAAGUCU